GCUAAAGAAAUGGCCAAAUCAUUCAAAUGUACGGAUCCUAAAGAUUGGUUGAAUUGUCUCCGCAAAGUUGAUGCCAAAGACAUUUUGACAAAGCAUUUGGACAUCUUUCCCAUCAUUGGCACAGAAUUUUUGCCAUUGGAUGCCCAGCACUCGUUCGCCACACAUAACUAUAGCGCAGACAUCGACAUAAUGGCUGGUGUGAUGCGAAACGAGGGCUCAAUGUUGGCUCACAUGAUGUAUCCGGCGAGCGAUGGCCUGAAAAGCAAACAGGAUUUUGUGGAUUUGGUCAAAAAGGUGACGAUCCCUGACUUGGAUGCGGACAAAAUCGUAGACUUUUAUUUACACGACUCGACCGAGAACUCGACUAAACACGCCUUUUGGGAGUUCUUCGGCGAUCUCGGCAUCACUUGUCCGACAUAUCAUUUCGCCAAACAAUUUGCCCAAAACUCGCCCAAUAAAGAGGUCUACUUUUACGACUGGACACAACCGGCGCUCAUAUUGGGCCCAAUCAUGGGCUGCACCACCGAAAUGGGUGUCUGUCACGCGGCCGACAUCGAGUACGUGUUCGGUAUGGGUGUACUCAUGAAGUUAGAGCACCAGGAGUUCAGCGAGAGUGUCAUGAAGAUGUGGACCAACUUCGCUAAGACUGGGUAU